AUGUCGUGGAGUGUGGGUUUAGGCGGCAGGAUGACAUUUGCCAAGCUCCUCCUUCCCUUCCUAGUUCUCCACUCUUUCUGUGAAGCUAGCUCCAACCAGCCUCCACGCUUCCUGAACUACUUCUUCUCGACCUACCUUCUCAUCUAUGAAGAUAUGCCUGUUGGUUCAUCAGUGGCCCAGCUGAAGGCGAUUGAUCCUGAGGGGGAACCCCUCAUAUAUGGCGUUUCAGGAGAGGAGGCAAUGAAGUAUUUUUCAGUGAAUAAAGACACUGGCGUGGUCUGGCUUCGACAACAGCUCGACCGUGAGGCCAAGUCAGAGAUGCAGGUCGAAUUCUACGUGAGUGACAUUCAAGAGGUGGUCAAAGACACAGUAAACAUCCAGAUUGGAGACGUGAACGAUAAUGCACCAAUCUUCCACGGGCAGCCUUACACCGUCCACAUCCCAGAGAACACACCAGUGGGACGAUCUGUGUUUAUGGUGAACGCCACAGAUCCAGACCAGGGCACCGGAGGCAGCGUUCUCUUCUCUUUCCAGCCUCCGUCUUCCUUCUUCUCUAUCGACGGGGCCCGAGGCACCGUCACGGUUAUCAAGUCGCUGGAUUAUGAGACAACCUCAGCCUACCAACUCACCGUCAACGCCACGGAUCAAGACAAAGUGAGACCUCUCUCCCGACUUGCCAACUUGGCCAUCACCAUCACUGAUGUCCAGGACAUGGAUCCCAUUUUCACCAAUCUGCCCUACAGUACCAACAUAGAGGAGGACGUUCCCCUGGGAUACGAGGUGCGGAAGAUAACAGCCAUUGACCAGGAUCUGGGCCGACCGAGAGGCAUCGGCUACACCAUCAUCUCAGGGAACACCAACAGCGUUUUUGCCCUGGACUACAUCAGCGGUGCCCUGACAGUGAACGGCCAGCUGGACAGAGAAAAUCCACUCUACUCAGCAGGAUUCACUCUCACUGUCAAGGCCACAGAGUUGAAAGAUGAUCGCAGUCCAUCAGAGGCCACAGUGAUGACCACCUUCACCAUCCUGCUAAUUGACAAGAAUGACAAUGCCCCAAAGUUCAACAGUUCUGAGUACCGGGUCCGCAUCACUGAACUUGCCCAGGUGGGCUUUGCUCUGCCCCUCUUCAUCCAGGCUGAAGAUAAAGAUGAGGGGGUGAACAGCAUGUUCCAGGUGUUUCUGACGGGAAACAAUUCAGAGUACUUCACCAUCUCCCCCACAGCAGUACAGGGGCGUGCUGACAUCAGGAUGAGGGUAGCCCUGCCACUGGACUUCGAAUAUAUUCGCAGCUACAGUUUUUCUCUCUAUGCCAACGAGUCUAUGUCCGACCAUGUGGGAUUCGCCCGUGUCUUUAUUGAGCUGAUCAAUGAGAAUGACAACCGGCCCAUCUUCAGCAAACCUCUGUACAACAUCAGCCUUCCUGAGAACACACCAAGUGGUACCUCACUGAUACGUAUCCUGGCUACAGACGGAGAUGUGGGCACAUUUGGGAGUGUUCAGUACUACUUCAGUGAUGAGCCAGACCAGUUUUUAUUGGAUGCUGAGACAGGCUGGGUCACUCUGCGGGCCAGUCUGGAUUAUGAGUUGAUGCGUCGCUUCACGCUGACUGUGCUGGCGAGGGAUGGAGGUGGAGAGGAGACGACAGGCAGGGUUCGGAUCAACGUGUUAGACGUCAACGACAACACGCCACUCUUCCAGAAGGAGGCGUACGUGGGUUCGCUGAGAGAGAACGAACAGGCUGUCCAGUCAGUAGCACGACUCAGGGCAACAGAUGAGGACUCUCCUCCGAAUAACUUCCUGACAUACACCAUCACUUCAGCUUCUGCCUUCCCUGAUUACUUCAGCAUCAUCAUAGUGGAGGGAUACGCAGUGAUCAGUGUGAUGAGGCCUCUGGAUUAUGAGCAGGUUCCCAAAGGGAUGAUCUAUUUGACGGUGAUGGCUAAAGAUGGAGGAAACCCAGCCCUCAACAGCACUGUCUCUGUCACAGUGGAAGUGAUUGAUGAAAAUGACAACCCACCCGAGUUCAGCAAGCCAUCCUACAUCGUCAAAAUCCCUGAGAAUAUUAUUGCCGGGGCAACUGUGCUGGUUGUGAAUGCUACUGAUUUGGACGCCUCACGGGAGUUUGGCCAGGCCUCACUCAUCUACUCCCUGGAGGGUUCCUCUCAGUUCCGUCUCAACUCACGAUCAGGUGAGAUCACCACCACAGCCUUGCUGGACCGAGAGCUGAAAUCAGAGUACAUACUGAUAGUCAGAGCAGUGGAUGGAGGGGUGGGCCCACAGCAGAAAACUGGCAUUGCCACGGUGAACAUCACCAUCCUGGACAUCAAUGACAAUGCCCCCAUGUGGCGAGACGAGCCAUAUCAUACCAAUGUGGUGGAGAUGAGCCCAAUAAACACUGACGUUAUCUCUGUGUUGGCAGUGGACCCUGACAAUUGGGAAAAUGGGACAGUGGUGUACAGUAUCAGUCCAGAAAACCCUUUCUACACCAUAAACAGCAGUACCGGGAAGAUCCGCACCAGUGGGGUAACCCUAGACAGGGAAAGCUCCAACCCCAGGGAUGCAGCGCUCAUGAGGACUAUUAUCAUCUCAGCUGUCGACCGUGGUACACCUCCACUGCAUGCAACAGCAAGCACCACAGUAUUUGUCAAUCUACUGGAUCUCAAUGACAACGACCCAACCUUUGUCAAUCUGCCCUUUGUGGCUGAAGUGCCAGAGGGACUGCCCAUUGGAUCCUCAGUUUUUAAGGUCCAGGUGGAGGACCCAGAUGAAGAUAAAAAUGGUUUGAUUACCAUGGCGUUACAGAUGGGCAUGCCUCGCUUGGAUUUCUACCUGAACACUUCGACUGGCAUUCUCACCUCCACAGCAAUCCUCGAUCGUGAGCAGAUGGGACAGUACCAUUUGAGGAUUAUAGCCUACGAUGCAGGGAAGUUCCCACGCACCUCCACUUCAACUCUCACUGUCACAGUCCUGGAUGUAAAUGAUGAGACGCCCACCUUCAACCCUCGCGUGUACAAUGUUACCCUGAAGGAGAGUGUCCCUAGAGACCACAUUGUAGCUCGCCUCAGCUGCUCUGACAACGACGCCGGCCUCAACGCCGAACUUAGCUACUUCAUCACAGGUGGUAAUCAGGAUGGUAAAUUCAGCGUGGGCUUCAGGGAUGGCAUUGUUCGGACAGUGGUUGGUCUAGACAGAGAAACUCAGGCGGCAUACACUCUGGUGGUAGAAGCUAUCGACAACGGUCCAGCAGGCAGCAGGAGGACAGGCACAGCCACUGUAUUUGUUGAAGUGCAGGACGUAAAUGACAACAGGCCCAUCUUCCUCCAAAAUAGCUACGAGACCAGCAUACUGGAGAGCGUCCCCCGAGGAACCAGCAUCCUUCAGGUGCAAGCUACAGAUGCAGACCAGGGGGAGAAUGGCCGAGUUCUGUACAGAAUCAUCACUGGUAAUAACAAUCUGUUCAGCAUAGACAGGCAGACAGGGCUGGUGACAAGAGGCCUCAGGGCUCUGGACAGAGAAACCAGCAGCUCCCAUGUGUUGGAAGUGGAGGCCUUCAACAGUGACGAGGGCAGCAUGAGGAGCUCUGUGAGGGUGAUCGUAUAUGUGGACGAUGCCAACGAUGAGGUGCCAGUGUUUACCCAGCAACAAUACAACCGUCUGGGCCUCAGAGAGACUGCUGGCAUUGGCACUUCUGUGAUUGUGGUUCGUGCCACAGACCCUGACUCUGGUGAUGGUGGAGCUGUAGCUUAUGCACUUGUGUCCGGCUCAGACCGCAAGUUUGAGGUGGACGUGAGCACCGGCCUAGUAACCACCGUGGACUAUCUGGACUAUGAGACCAAGACCACAUAUCUGAUGAACGUCUCAGCUACUGACCAGGCCCCACCUUUCCACCGGGGCUUUUGCACCGUCUACGUCACCCUACUUAAUGAGCUGGAUGAGGCCGUGGCCUUCUUCUCAGCCGGUUACGAGGCCUCGCUGCGUGAGAACAUCGCCACUGGGACGGAGGUGGUCCAGGUGCAGGCCCAGUCGGCCGACAACUUAAACCAGCUGACUUACAGAUUCGACCCUGAUACGUCCCCCGCAGCUCUAGCCCUCUUCAAGAUAGACAGCGUCACGGGCCGUAUCACAGUGACAGGCCUGCUGGAUAGAGAGAAGGGAGAUAUGUACACCUUGACUGUUGUAGCCGAUGAUGGAGGACCUAAAAAGGACUCCACUGUGAAGGUAUCAAUCACCAUCCUGGAUGUGAACGACAACAGACCCGAGUUUGACAUCACAUCUGAUACUUCAGUGGACAUCCUGGAAAACACACCCAUGGGGAAGAGAGUGGCAGUUGUGCUGGGAAGGGACAAAGAUGCUGGAUUGAAUGGACUGGUCAAUUUUACUCUGGUGGCAGGCAACAUGGAGGAUGUGUUCAAGAUCAAGACAGUGAACCACACCUAUGGGGAGGUCUAUGUCAAUGCUCCACUUGACAGAGAGUCAGUGGACCGUUACCUACUCAAGGUGCGUGCCAUAGACAAUGGCUCACCCCCCAGACACACUGAUCACUCGCUCACCAUCAACAUCCUGGACGUCAAUGACAAUGCGCCCGUUAUUGAAAGCCAGAGGGGCUACAACGUCAGCAUAAGCGAGAAUGUUGGAGGAGGUACGUCAGUGCUCCGCGUGACAGCUACAGACAGGGACAUCGGCCCCAACGCCAUGCUGUUCUACUACAUCACCGCCGGAAACCAGGAUCUAACCUUCCGCAUGGACCGUGUGACAGGAGAGAUGGUAACACGUCCAGCCCCUCCGGAUCGCGAGCGCCAGCAAGAAUAUCGACUCGUUGUCACAGUGGAAGAUGAUGGCACGCCACCUUUGUCGACUUCAACAACCAUAUACGUUCGCAUCGUGGACGAGAACGACAAUGCCCCAGAAUUUCCCGAGGAGGAGUAUGUCACAGUGCUGAGCGAGGGGCCCGAAACGGUGGGUGCCACCAUCGCCACGGUAACAGCUAUUGACCCAGAUGAGGGUCUGAAUGGCACCUUGCGAUACGCCAUCGCUCGCGGCAACCUCAUCCAAACCUUUAACAUCAACAGCAUCACGGGGAGGAUCACUGCUGUAAAGGAGCUGGACUACGAGAUCAGCAACGGACACUAUGCACUGGUUGUCACAGCGACGGACCAGUGUCCAAAACCUGCUCUACGUUUGACCUCUAGCACAACAGUGGUCGUGAAUGUCUUAGAUGUGAACGAUGUUACACCCGCUUUCCCCAGAGCCUAUGAGGGACCAUUCGAGGUGACUGAGGGCCAGCCGGGUCCCCGGGUCUGGACUCUCAGAGCCAGCGAUGAAGACUCCGGCCUUAACGGCAAAGUAGAAUACAGCAUCACCGGUGGAGAUCACCAGAAUGAGUUUAUGGUUUCCCCCGUGGAGGGCGAGCUUCGGGUGAGGAAGGAUGUAGAGCUGGACAGAGAGACCACAGCCUUCUACAACAUCACUGUCACAGCUCGAGAUCUGGGCACUCCGUCUCGCAACAGCUCGGUGGUGGUGGGGAUCCAGGUCCUAGACAUCAACGACAACGACCCCGUCCUCCUGAAUCUGCCGUACAACACCAGCGUGAGCGAGGGCGCGUCCAUACACACCUCUGUAGCCAGAGUCCGAGCGAGAGAUGCAGACAGCGGGCGCAACGCACUGCUCACUUAUAACAUCACCGCUGGCAACCAGGAUGGAGCCUUCUACAUCAUUGACACUACAGGUGUGGUUCAGGUGAACAGACCGCUGGACAGAGAGCGGGUAGCUGAGUACAGACUCACUAUAACUGUCAAAGACAACCCUGAGAACUCUCGCAUCGCUCGCAGGGAUGCAGACCUCUUGGUGAUCACUAUACUGGACGAGAAUGACAAUAGGCCUGUAUUCAGCAGGAGCAGCUACAGGGCUGAGAUCACAGAGAACUCUGCAGCAGGCACCACUGUAGCAGUGUUGAAUGGGCCGGUUCUGGCUGAGGAUAAAGACAUCGGACCCAAUGCUGUGGUGAAGUACCGACUGCUGGGGGCCAGGGUGGACCUCUUCCAUGUAGAUGCUAACACUGGUGUUAUUUAUGUGCGACAGGGGGUGACGUUGGACCGUGAGGGGUUUCAGGAACCUCGCGUCGAGCUGUUCCUAGUUGGGGAGGACGUAGGGGGUUUAAACAGCAGUGUUCCUCUCACAGUUACAAUCCUGGACCAGAAUGACAACCCACCUGUUUUCAGCCCAUCCAGUUUCAGUGUGCGACUCCCUGAGAACAGCCCCACUGGUGUGGUGGUGACCCAGCUCUCUGCCACAGAUGCAGACUCAGGUGCUAAUGGCUGGCUGAUGUAUCGGCUGGAAAGCGGCGCUCAGGAUCGCUUUGUAGUCGACCCUAUCUCUGGUGCUGUCCUAGUGGGAAACACCACCCUCGACAGAGAAGAGCGCGGGUCUUACCGCCUCGUUGUCAUGGCAACCGACCGUGGCACACCACCUAUGACGGGCACAGCCACUCUGACGGUCAUCCUGGAUGAUGUCAAUGACUCACGACCCCGAUUUCUAGAACCCAUAACCAUGAUAAAUGUAAAUGAGUCCACACCACCUGGUGUGGUGGUGGCCACGCUGACAGCUGAGGACCCCGAUCUGCAUCCCCGGCUGGAGUAUUACAUUAUCUCAGUGGAAGCAAAGGAUGAUGGGAACAACCCAGUGGAUGGUCUGCAGGAGUCCUUUGGCAUUGAUUUACACACUGGUGCAGUGUUUGUACGCAACCCACUCAACAGAGAGAUGGUAGCCACCUUUGAAAUCAUUGUGUCUGUCCAUGACAAUGCCAGUGAUGUUAUUGACAAGUCAGGCAGUGUUCCUAAUGCGAGACUAACCAUCAACGUGUUGGAUGUAAAUGACAAUGCUCCUCGAUUCCGCCCCUUCGGAGUAUCAAACUUCACAGAGAAGAUUUUAGAAGGAGCUCAGCCAGGCACAACACUGCUCUCAGUGUCAGCCGUAGACCCAGAUAAAGGUCCCAACGGCCAGGUUAUCUACCAGCUGCUCCACUUGCCCCGAGGUGGUUACGUUAGACUGGAGGACCCCUCCACUGGUAAGAUUGUAGCCAACCAGACGGUGGAUUUUGAGCAAAUACAAUGGCUGAAUUUCACGAUUCGGGCCCAGGACCACGGCACUCCUCCUCGGAUAGCUGAGCUGCCAGUUUAUCUGCGCAUAGUGGAUGUCAAUGACAACAACCCUGUCUUCCUCCAACCCUCAUAUCAGGAGCCUGUGUUUGAGAAUGUGAACUUGGGCACUACCAUUGUUCGUGUCAGCGCUACAGACGCUGAUUCUGGCCUCUUUGCUGUUAUUGAGUACAGCCUGGUAGAUGGGGAAGGCAAGUUUGGCAUCAGACCAUCUACUGGAGAGAUAUACAUCCUCUCUCCUUUGGACAGAGAGACAAAGGACCACUAUACCCUAACCGCUGUCGCCCGCGACAACCCCGGUGGCAUCUCCAACAACAGAAGAGAGAACUCUGUCCAGGUCCUGGUGACAGUUCUCGAUGUCAACGAUUACCGGCCUCGCUUCACGGAUCGUGUGUUCAGCACCAGCGUGUUUGAGAAUGAGCCCAGUGGUACAUCUGUGAUCACUGUGAAGGCUACUGAUCUGGAUGAAGGAGAGAACGGUGCAGUCCUCUACACCAUGCUGGGACCCCACUCAGAUGCUUUCUCUCUAGAUCCAAACACAGGGCUGGUGCGUUCUCGCCGUCUGCUUCAGUCCUCUGAGCGUUUCAACCUGACUGUGGUGGCUACAGACCAGGGACGUCCUCCCAUGUGGGGAACUGCAGACCUGAUCAUCACAGUCAUCGACGUCAACGACAACAGACCUGUGUUUGUCAGGCCUGCUAAUGGGACUAUCAUCCAUAUCUCAGAGGAACAGCCCCCGGGCCUGCCGGUGUACGAGGUGCACGCAACAGACUCAGAUGAGGGGGUGAAUGGAGAGGUUCGCUAUGGCUUCCUGCAGACUGGAGCAGGUAACAGAGACUGGGAAAAUUUCCACAUCGAUGCCAUGACUGGAGUCAUCACAACCACUGUCAAACUGGAUCGAGAAAAACAGGCCCUACACAGCCUUAUCAUUGUGGCCCGUGACAUGGGCCAGCCAGUGCCUUAUGAAACCACACAGCCUCUACAGGUGGCGCUGUUGGACAUUGAUGACAAUGAGCCUGUCUUUCUCAAACCACCGCGUGACAGCUUGCCUUACCAGAAGCUGACAGUGCCUGAGCAUUCCCCUCCAGGUACUGUGGUGGGGAACGUGACCAGAGCUGUGGACGCCGAUGAAGGCUCCAAUGCUAUUGUCUACUACUUUAUUGCAGGGGGAAACAGUGAUGGAAACUUUGGCUUGAGUCUAGAAGGAGAGCUGAAGUUGCAUAAAGAUCUAGACCGGGAGGAGAUCCCGGUCUACUCCAUCAUUAUCAAAGCUUCUAGCAACAGGAGCUGGACUCCUCCAAGAGGUCAGAGGGCAGCACGGGCCAAAGCCCUGGAUCCCUCACGUGACCCCAGCCUGCUGGAGGUCCGUAUUGAACUGGACGACAUCAAUGACCAGAAACCACGCUUCACCAAGGUGGAGUACACUGCAGGAGUUGCAGCUAAUGCCAAAGUGGGCUCAGAGUUAAUCAAGGUCGUAGCUAUAGAUAAUGACAUCGGCAACAACAGCUUGGUCCAAUAUCACAUUGUUACAAUCCGCUACUUCCCAUCACAGAGCAAUGGUAGUGAGGAUGUUGGCAGCAUCUUCACCAUUGGUUUGACAGAUGGCAUCAUCCGAACAUAUGACCUCUUCACAGCCUACAAUCCAGGCUACUUUCAGCUGGAGAUUUUGGCAUGCGACUUCGCAGGACACAGCACCACUACCAAUGUGAAUAUCUACAUCCUCCGGGACGACCAGAGGGUCAAGAUAGUCUUCAAUGAGAUCCCAGACCUGGUCCGGGAAAACCAGGAAGAUUUCAUUAACCUGCUGUCAAACAUCACUGGAGCCAUUGUCAACUUAGAUGAUAUACAGUUCCAUGUGGACAAGAAGGGCAGGGUGAAUUAUGCUCAUACUGACAUGCUGAUCCAUGUUGUCAACAAUCAGACCAACACCAUCCUGGAUGUUGAAAGGGUAAUCCAGAUGAUCGACGAGAACAAGGAGCAGCUGAGAAACCUGUUCAGAAAAUACAACGUUGUGGACGUUCAGCCUGCUGUCAGUGACAAACUGCCCGAUGACAUCACCACACUACAGCUGGUCAUCAUUAUCCUGGCUGUAUUACUGUGCCUGGCAGGAAUUUUGUUUGUCACAAUGAACUGGCAUUAUCGCAGAGUGCACGAGAGGAAGCUGAAAGCUAUCGUUGCAGGAUCAACAGGAAACCAGGGUCUAAUGGACAUCCUGGAUAUGCCCAACACUAACAAGUACUCUUUUGAGGGGGCUAAUCCGGUGUGGUUGGACCCAUUCUGUCGCAACCUGGAGCUGGCUGCCCAGGCUGACCAUGAGGACGACCUACCAGAGAACCUGAGUGAAAUAACUGACCUGUGGAACAGCCCUGCACGCACUCAUGGCACAUUUGGUCGAGAACCUCAAGCAAAGCCUGAGGAUGAUCGUUACUUGAGAGCGGCCAUUCAGGAGUACGACAACAUCGCUAAGCUGGGUCAGAUCAUGAGGGAAGGGCCUAUCAAGGGUUCCCUGCUGAAGGUGGUCCUGGAUGACUACCUGAGGCUGAAAAAGCUCUUUGCAGCCCGACUCGUCACUGUAUCCACCAGCCAGGGAGAUCACUCAUCAGUCACUGAGCUGAUCCAAAGUGAUCUGGAUGAUGAUGAAGAUGAGCGUCUGAGCAUGGGCGGGGGUCGCGGUACUCUCCGCUUCAAACAUAAGCUUCCUGUGGAGUUGAAGGGUCCAGAAGGUGUUCACGUGGUCCACGGCAGCACAGGUACCCUCCUGACCUCCGAUCUCAACAGCCUGCCAGAGGAUGACCAGCGGGCCCUGGCACGUUCUCUGGAGGCACUGAACGCUGAUGGGGGGCUUUAUUCUGAGCGUAAUGCCCGCACAGAGUCGGCCAAGUCCACCCCGAUGCACCGUCACAAGGAUGGGGACACCCUGUCGGAGAGUCCCCUGGAAAUCACAGAGUUAUGACUAGCCGAGGCCUCGCUGGUCUGAGCCCAACCAUGACUCGUGUGUGUCCUUGUGCCUCCACAGCGCCGUCCUGACCAGGUUGGGGAGGCAUGGGGAGGACCGUAGGUGGAGUGUGUGUAGUCUAGGGAACCUCAUCAGCCAACCCCAGUGCAUCAGUGAGACAGCCUGACAGAGCACUUACUCACAAUUGGGUUGGUUUGAGUGGAUUGUUUGGUACUUCAAGAACAGGUUUAUUCAGAUGAAAUGGAAAAUCACAGAGCAGAGCACUCGUCUUCAGCAAGACAAAACCAACAAGUGUCAUCGACUGUCAUCCAAAGAGUGGAAUGGACCAGAGAAAAUAAUCCUCCCUGUGGGAGAUGCUUGUUGAACCUUGACCGUAUAAUCGUCAAAAGGUGCCUCAUUCUCACUAAUCCUUUUGAAGUCAUACCUGGACUGCAUACACUCAAACAAACACAAUACACACACUCAAAAAAUGAAGCUACACACUCAGACCAGCAUAUGGCCACCAAUGGGACACUGAGAAAAUUACGCAAUUCCUUGUCUGUUCUGAUACAUUUUUUGUUUAAAUUUUGAAAGAUGAUGCAAUCAGUAUUGAAGUGGCGAGGAUGAGACAGUAAGACCUUUUUCAAGAUAAAGUAACAUUAAUGUUUUUGGGAAAUUAUAGAUGGACUUCCAAUGCAAAAAGAGCACUUCCAGUCAUUUCACCAGUGAUGCUUGUAAGAUGAAGUCUUCACCUGACACCAAGAGAAAGAGGGAUCCUUGCCUUAGUGCAAUUGUUGACAUACUGUAAUAAUGAAAAAGCUUUGUCCGAUCAAUGAGAAAAAGACAAAAGAGCACCCAGUCUACAGGGCAGCAGUGAACAUUCAGACCCUGGUCCAGCUCUCAUCUUUAGCAUGUACUGAGUCUCUCAUGUACAAGGAUACUCCUCGCUGAUAACUGGAAGACUUCUCAAAUAAUGUCAAUGGUGAAAGAAGGAUGAACAUUGUCUGGAACUGGAGCCACACAAACUUUUAUGAUAAAUUUGAUAUUAAAUGCAAUCAAAGAGAGUCUACGUAAGGACUAAUAGAUGGAUGAAUAAAAAAGAAUAAAUUGUUGCAUUUUAUAAAUAUAAAGAUGGCAUUGUGCCCACAAAGACUUUACACUGCCACCUGAGGGAGUAAAACAGUCAUGCUCAAAAUGAGCAAUGUUUGCUUUAUUUUUUUAUUUUAUAGAAAAUGUGAUGGAAUUAAAAGAUAUUUUUGAAGAAAAAUGCAGGCUUACCAAAACAGGUAGGGAACUUUUCUGGAUGUCUGUUGGAGUAUGUGUAUAUUGUGCUAUGGUGACAUACUGUAUGUUGUUCUGUUUUCCUUUAUAUGACAACUGACGCUGUUUAUGAUGAGUGGUGUGUUUUUAAAAUUAAUUUUUAUAUUCCCAUUUUGUAAGUUUUUAUUUCUUUGUCAUUAUUGUCACCAGCCCCGAGAUCUAUGUUGGGAAAUGUUGUUGGAUGA